AAAAUAUUUCCUGUCUUGCAGUUUAUUUUGUGAAUUAAACAAUGAAAGGUGUAGGGUAGAAUAAAAUUUCAAACAAAAAUGCGUUUCAGGUUUUGUUGUACUUGUGAUGAUGAAGAAAAGCCAAAAACUGUCGAAAAUCGUUCAAAAACUGUUGAAUCCCCACAAACAAUUCUUCCCGAAGUUAUAACUCAACAACCGAAGAAUGUAGUGGAACCAAUUCAAUUGGAAUCAGUUCAAGAAUCUUCAAUCCAAGUUACAAACGAAGAACCACUGCCACAAGUGACAAAAGAAGAACCCUCAAAAAAAGAACCACCUCAUCGAGAACCGAUUCCAGUACCAAGAAAAAUUGAAGAGAAACAAGAUGAUAUUUCAACAAAAGACAGAGAAGCCCCUCAAAAUCCUACCGAAAUCACAAAAAAAGAAGACUUACUUAAAAGAUUAAAUAUGAUUAUAGCUGAACAAGUCGCUCAAGAUCGUAUUCCUUCUGUCACCCAGCCUUAUUCACCUGUCAACAAAAAGUCAGAUUUUAGUGUUGACACAACUAUUGAUGGUGAAAAACUGACCUUCUGUCAAAUUGCACCCGAUUUGUACCGAGGAACCUUCAAAGGGCUGCAAUUAAAGUAG